GUCGAAACAGUCAUUACAAAGGUCAUUAAGGAACACAUAGAAGUUUAUAAACUAAAAAAUUGUUUGGAAAAACAACAAACUUCCAAAAUGUAGGAACCAAAUGUUAACCAAAUAAUUAAAAAAUAAACAGACCUAUUUUAAUUAAAAAAUAUUGAAUUAAAAAAUAAGAAAAAUUAUUUAGCAUAUCACGGUGAAGUAUUAAAGGUAGAAAGACUUUUUAAAGGUGAAGAAAAGAAAAAAUGAUGGCAAUGGAGAAUCGUGCAGAAAGGUUUAAUAUUCAAGAAGAUAUACGUUUAAACAUUCUUGUGAACUCAUACGAGAAACAAAAACAAGACUCUUUAAGAAACAUGGAAAAUUCUCAAAGACAUUUGGCCUUACAGUUUCAACAAAAAUUUUCUAAAGAAAUUAGUAAAAAAAAUGAACACAUUUUUUUACAAAGGGAAAAAAUGAACUCUGUAGGAAGUUUACCAUUUUUAUCAAGUAGCUAUGAAAAUAUUUCUAUACUGGAACUAAAACACAAUUCUGUAAAGACAAACUUUGUAUCCCCUCUUAGCCUCAGAAGACAUAGCUCAACACAAGUAUUAAUACCGCAAAUCAAAAAAAAAAAAAAAUUUCCACUAAUCAGUGCCAGCAGUUUGCCAUCCAGUAACAGCCUUGUUACUGAGCAACCACAACAGACUUACAACAGAAUCACCAAAAAUAAAGACUGUGGAAAAACACUUACAAAAAGUAAAAGUGACAGUUCUAUUUCAAAAUCAAUAAAUGAGAGCAACAUUUUUGAUAAAGAUCUCAACAAAAAUACUUUCUACGAAAAAAGAAUGUCAACAACAACAAAAAUGUCAAGAAAAAAUUCACUUAAAAUAAAUGAUGAAAUUAAAAACUAUUUGAUUAAAGACAAGAUUCAGAAAGAAAAAAUUGAACAUUUUUUUAAGAGCAUUGAAAAACUAAACUUAAAAGAAAAAUCAAAUAAUGAAACAAAUAACUAUAUAAAUAAAAUAAAUAGAAACAUAUUGACUUUUGACCAUAUCUUUGAUUAGCAUUAACAUGUUUAAGCUUAUUAAUUUAUUAAAAAUGUCAUAAUUUAUUUCUUGAAUUGAAACUAAUUAUUGUGAGAAAGUCACCAACACAAAUAACUAAUUAAACAGUUGAAACAUAGUAAAAAGAUUUUUAACCAAUCAAUUAAGUAAAACCUUUUUUAUUACCAAACAUUUAUUUAAUACACUAAUGACGAAGGAUUACUCCUGAAUUUUUUGCAUAAACAAAAACUUAUAAUGUGUAUAUGAACCAUUGUUAAACAUAAAUUAAAUAUAUUUAGAAAUUGA